AUGUGGCCCUUUUCGACUUCGUCCUGCGACCAAGAUGCCUGCGCUCCUCCGAGCCCGCACGCCGUCACAGCCGCCGCCCUGCUGUCGGCGCUGCCCUUUGCCGCCGUCUUCAUCGCCGCCAACGCCGUGGCCGUGCGCCUCGUCUUCCCCAAGCUGAGCCGCGCGGCGCAAGACGAUGCCCGCGACGGCGACGACCACGUCCUGCCGGCCCAUGCCCCGGCGGCGCUGCGGCAGGUGCACGCCGAGCACGGCACCAAGAGCUGGAGGCGGCGAGGCGCGGCGUGGGCCUUUGGCACGACGGUUGGCUUGGCGGCGACGCUGGGCGCGCUCAUCAUGGCGGAGAUUGUCGAGGCGGUCGACCCGGCGGCGCGGAACUUGGCGCUGAGGGUGACGGUGCCGGCGCUGCUGUUCAUGCUGGUGGUGCUGAUCCCGUGGCUCGAGUGUCGGAGCGUCGUGUCCAGCGCGGGAUGGAGCUUUCAGAGGACGGCCAAGGGCAGGCUUUCGCGCGUGGCACUGGGAUUGCAGGCGGUGCUGUUUGGCGGCUGGCUGUUCAUCUUUUGGUCCAUGGGCAGCGUCGUGCCGAGGGCGGAGAUAUUGCUGCGGUCGGCGCCGCCGGCGCAUCACGACGGGAGGACGAGCCCGAGCUGGAACUCGAGGGGCAUCGUGGGCGAGGAUCUGACGAGGGCGUGUCUGGAACGCAUCGGGGUCGUGGGCAUCUCGCUCAUGGCGCUGCUGUCGGGCUUUGCGUCGGUGUCGGCGCCCUGGCACACUUUUGGUCGCGGCGAUGUCAGGCGGAGGCCGUUGACCGAGGCGGAUGUCAAUCGCAAGCAGACUGGGCUGGAGGCGACGAGCGAGAUGUUGGCGACGAAACGACAUCGUUUGCAGUAUCUGGAACGCAAGAUGAGCCAGGAAGCGAGCAAAAGGGGCAAGACUGGGCUGGUCGGGAUGGUCAUGGGCUCGAUACGAGGGGCGACGGGCGAGGAGGCCGAGAUGCAGACGCUCAAGAUGGAGAUUGUCGGGCUCGAGGCCAUGGAGGCCAGCUUGUCUUCCAACCUGGUGUUGAUGAAGAACCAGCGCGCCGCCUCGGCCCGCGCUUCCACAACCAUGGGCCGCAUCCUGCUCGCGCCAUCAUACAUCUUCAGCGCCUACUGCGUGUAUCGCAUCCUGGCGACGUCACUGACGACUCUCCGGAGAGCAUCCUCGCCGUCGGCCAGUUUCGCCAGCAGCGAUCCCAUCAACCGCUUCUUGGGGCUGCUGGCCAGGCACUGGGACCCGAAGCUCGACCAGAUGGCGUGGGCGCGCAUCAUCAGCUUCGCCCUCAGCGGCGUCAUCCUCGUGGCCAGCGCAAACAGCGCCAUCCAGACGUUCCACCUGUUCGCCAAGUGGACGCCCGGACUGCUGCGGCACGCACAGGCGAACCUCGCCCUGGCGGUGGGACAAGUGGCGGCGACGUAUGUCAUCUCGGCGAGCUUGCUUCUGCGCAGCCAGUUGCCGAGCGAGGCGAGAUCGGCCGUCGGGGGCGUCCUGAGGGGGGCGCUGACGCCGGCGUUUGUGGACGGCUGGUUUGAGGGCUGGUUCCUCUUGGGCAGCGUGGUGACGGGCGUGGGGAUCUUUGUGGGUGGGAAGAUUGGUGCGAUGGGGGAGGCUGAUUGGGAUGAUUAUGGGAUGGAGGAGAUGGGGGCGAAGAGGUUGUGA